AUGUCUACGGAAUCAGAUACGGUAGAACGCCUUAAUAGCUACGUUAAGCUUAAUGUCGGUGGAUGUUUGUUCUACACCACAAUUGGAACGCUUUUACGCGGUGGUACAAUGCUUACUGCAAUGUUUAGUGGUCGGAUGGAAGUUAAAACUGAUGAUGACGGCUGGGUACUUAUUGACCGUAGUGGCAAACAUUUUGGGACGAUCUUGAACUAUAUUCGAGAUGGUUCGGCUCCCCUGCCAGAAAAUAGGAAGGAGUUAGAAGAAUUAGCUAUGGAAGCCAAAUAUUUCUGCGUUAAAGGUUUAUGCUUAGCAUGUGAAGAGGCGCUUGGUCGUUUGACAAAUUACGAAGACCUCCAAAAUCGUGCAACGAUUAUUAUCGUCAAAUGUCCUAAUGCAGCAAAAUCCUUGCUUUCUACUACCCGUAAGCCUGUUGUUAAACUUACAAUGAACCGGUAUAAUAAUGUAUUUUCAUACACAAGUAAUUCACACGACAAUCUUUUGCGCAAUAUUGAAUGUCUGGAGAAAUAUGCUCUAAUGUUUCCUGCUACUGUGUUAUUCGUAAAGGAUGUUCGUGAUAAAAGUGAACAGAAUGAAAUUUGUGAAUGGAGCUAUUACUGUCGUGGUCAUCGUUUGAAAAGUAUAGAUUGUAUAGCUAUUCACUACUCAUCAGAAAAGCGUCUUAUAAAGGUAGAAUUCCCAGAAUCACGUAUUCAUGAAGAAAUGCUCUCACUACUUUCAGUCGCAAGCCGAAAUUUGAGUGAUUCAGAGCUUCUGGAAAUUGCCAUGCGGAAAGCGAAUUGUGUUUCAGGUUCAGCUAGUGGUGCGUUAGUCAGUUACUCUGUUUCCGGAACUACUAGCAACUCGCAACAUGAAGCAGAAGAUCAAGAUUUAGAUCAAUCCUCCACCAAUACCACAACAACAGGAAGCCUAUUGAACACUUCAAUACCACCUGCACGACCAGCCACGGCAACUGGUCUUCUAGACAACCAUGGAAACCCACUUAGUGCUGGUAGUUCUCGGAGUUCGUUCGGAGCAUCAGUUCGCCUUGGGAGGCGCUAA